CUCUGCGUUCUUGCUUCCUACUAGUAGAACGCUCCCGACAGGUUAUGAGCCCGGCUUUAUCACCGUGAAGCUAUACACACCCGCUAAACGGGACUUUUGUGACCAAACGAGGCGGAGGGCCAACGGCCACUAGGAUAGUGAUGAACGAGGACGCGCCGGUCUUGGUCGAGUCAAUACAAAUCGCCAAUUCGCACUAAAAUCGUGCUAUACAACACCAAUUAUUGCGCCUACUACCCCUACAUGGUCAGAAUGGCGUUCCAGGUGGGGACUAGCCUCAAUAUUGAGGGCCUACUGCGUGCCAAAGCGAACCGCGGACCACCAACCACGCAGGCAGAUCGCUUGCCAGAGAACCUUAUCAAGAAUGUAUCAGGAAUGCCUCUUCUACUACACAGAUGCUCUAACUUCACUGGUUGGGAUUUUGAAUUGAAGCAGAUACUGAAGAACAUCAGCCUGAAGGACUUAGUCAACUUAGACCUUCCAAAACCUCCUAUUAUAUAUACAAGAGAAGAUAAGAAAUAAGUUUAUUAAGUCCAAGAAAGAAAAGAACUAUGUUGAUAAUAUAUACAAGAUUGUACGCGGG